AAUUGGCCUUCGCAAUGUGAUCCUUUAUAUCCUGCCAGCCACAAUGUUCAAAAUAAACUAUAAAGAAAGCUCCGCUUCCUCUUUUUCUCGCCAGCUCCCUCUCCCAACAGCAUCUCUGAGGAGGCUCCUACUGGAAUUCUCAGCCCUAUCUCGGUUCAGAUUGAUCGGUGAUUUUGAAGGAUUAAGUGAUCGCCGAUGGCUUCGAAGAGGAUCGUGAAGGAGUUGAAGGAUCUACAGAAGGAUCCACCGACCUCUUGCAGCGCAGGUCCUGUGGCUGAAGACAUGUUUCACUGGCAAGCAACAAUAAUGGGUCCACCAGACAGCCCAUAUGCCGGAGGUGUCUUUCUAGUUACCAUUCAUUUCCCCCCAGAUUACCCUUUUAAACCACCUAAGGUGGCAUUCAGGACAAAAGUCUUCCACCCAAAUAUCAAUAGCAAUGGAAGUAUUUGCUUGGACAUUUUAAAGGAACAAUGGAGCCCUGCAUUGACAAUUUCUAAGGUUCUACUCUCCAUCUGCUCCUUAUUGACGGACCCAAACCCAGACGAUCCCUUGGUCCCGGAGAUUGCGCAUAUGUACAAAACAGACAGGGCCAAGUAUGAGAGCACCGCAAGGAGCUGGACUCAGAAAUACGCAAUGGGCUAGCGGUUUGCUUCAAAGUCCGGGAUUCAUUGUGGCUUUUUUCUGCCCUGUUAUAUUAAUUUGGCAUGUCAUUGUAUUACUUAUAUGCAUGAAUGUAAGAAAGUGGUCAUGUUAUUAUUCUCCCUGAAUAGGAAAGCCCAAAUUGCCUCUGUAGUAUGUAGGAGGUGAAGAUAUUCCAUCUUCAUUGGUAAUUGUUUAAAUGGAGUCUUGAAUUAUAGAUCCUGUUGUUGCUUUGCAUGUGCUGUGUAUUGGAAACUAUUGCAUUAAAAGUUUUAUCUUGUUAUGUUAGGGUUC